GUGACAGGGUGACCUUUGUUGUCAAUUUUCGUGUCAAUUUCAAUGUUUUCCAUUUUUAAAAGAUCGACAUUAACAUCAACUUUUUCAAGAAUAUUAAAUACUCAAUUUGAGAUUAAAACUAGUAAAUACCAGUGGAGAACAGAUCCUUUGGAAAAUAACAGAUCUCUACAUAUAACCGGAAGAAUGUCUAAAUCAGCUCUCGUAAUCUUAGCGCAGGGCGCAGAAGAGAUGGAGACCGUUAUUACCGUCGAUAUGCUUCGUAGAGGAGGGGUAACAGUAACAUUGGCAGGUUUGGACAGUAAUGCACCUGUUUUGUGCUCGCGUCAAAUCACUCUUGUACCAGAUAAAUCAUUAUCUGAUGCAUUGGCUGAGAACCCUCAGUUUGAUGCGGUGAUACUUCCUGGAGGUUUGGAGGGAUCUGAUCGUCUUUCCAAGUCUAGUGUUGUUGGUACUCUUCUGAAGGAUCAUGAGAAAAAUGGCAAGAUUGUAGCUGCCAUUUGUGCUGCUCCAACAGCAUUUGUAGCACAUGGUGUUGCUAAAGGAAAGAAAUUAACUUCAUACCCUACAACUAAAGAUAAAAUUACUGGAGAUUAUACAUAUGUUGAGGGAGAAAGGGUUGUUGUUGAUGACAACAUUGUCACCAGCAGAGGUCCUGGUACAGCUUACUGGUUUGGGCUGAAACUGAUCGAAAUGCUGACUGGCAAGGAAAAGGCCGAUCAAGUUGAAAAAGGCAUGAUCAUUACUGGAUAUUAAUUAAACGUGAAUCCGUAAUAAUACUCUGGUUGUAGAGCUUUUCAUAAAAACCCUUUUUAACGUAAUGACUUAUCUAAAGACAAGUAACAAUUCUCAGAACUUAUGUCACUUACAUAAGUUCUGAGAAUUGUUACUGUUGUUAUUCAAAAGUAAGCGUUAUUCCAAUAGUUGUUAAGUUGAAUGAAUAGUACAUUUGAAAAAUGUAACGAAUUUGUUAAUUCUAAUAAAUUAUAUCCCAG